AUGGCCAGCCCCCCUAACAAACGCGCCCGCGUAGCGUUCUCACGCCCUCUUCGUACUUGGUGUACUGCUUGUAUUUCACGCCUUUUUCGCGACCAUUCUCACCGUUGUUACGACCAGAAAGGGGCUGGAGGACGUUGCUCUGCUUGUGCGCAUGGGAACUGCAAGUCAAUUCGCCUUUGCGAAAACAACAAACCAGAAGCCAUAGAACCUUUAAACCCAGCUCCAGAGGUCUUCAUUGGAGGGGAUGAAUACCUAGUACUUAUAAGGCGUGCUGUGAGUGCGUUUGAGCGGAUUGCAAAUGCUAUGGAGAUAAUUGCUGAGGGGGAGGAAUUGGAGGACGAAGAAGCGGUGUAG